CAUGACUAAUUUUAUUCAUAUGAUCCUGCAGGUAUGUUCUGUUGAGUGAAGUCCGGUUUUCUGAAGUAAUUCACCGGUCGUCCAUUGAGUUUCGCUUCGUAACUUUCAAUCAUGGGUAUAUCCCGCAACAAUUGGCAUAAGCGGAGGAAGACCGGAGGGAAGCGUAUUCCCAUCCGCAAGAAGCGCAAGUACGAAUUGGGUCGCCCCGCUGCCAACACGAAGAUUGGGCCUAGGAGAAUUCACACUGUACGGACGAGAGGCGGGAACAAGAAGUACCGGGCUUUGCGUUUGGAUCAAGGCAAUUUCGCGUGGGGUUCAGAAAAUUGCACCCGUAAGACUCGUAUCGUUGAUGUAGUGUACAAUGCAUCGAACAACGAGUUGGUCCGUACCAAGACCCUUGUGAAGAACGCCAUCAUCGUUAUCGAUGCCGCACCGUUUCGUCAAUGGUACGAAGCCCAUUACGCCCAACCGCUUGGUCGCAAGAAGGGCGCAAAACUGUCGGAAGCUGAAGAGGCCAACUUCACGAAAAAGCGCUCGAAGAAAUCCGAGUUGAAGUAUAAGGAGCGACAGAAGCAUGCCGCCGUGGAACCCGCGAUCGAAGAGCAGUUCAUGUCAGGUCGCGUUCUAGCUUGUCUUGGUUCUCGACCUGGCCAAUGUGGCCGCGCAGACGGUUACGUAUUGGAGGGGAAGGAGCUGGAAUUCUACCUAAAGAAGAUUAAGACCAAGCGUGGAAAGUAAACUGCGACGUUGUACGUUCUGUGUGCUCCUAAUCGCUUGAAAUGAAGUGAAAUGUUGGAAA